AUGCGUGCUAUUGACGAGACGUGGCAGGCAGAUUUGGUGGAAAUGCUACCCUAUGCCCGUGAGAAUAAUGGCUACAAGUACGUACUUACCGUCAUAGAUAUUUUCUCCAAGUAUGCCUGGGCGGUUCCUGUUAAAAGUAAGAGUGGACCUGAUGUCACUUCAGCAAUGCAAUCUAUACUUGUGCAGGGUCGUGUACCAACAAACUUACACACUGACAAACGCAAAGAAUUUUAUAAUUCACAUUUUAAAGAACUUCUGCAACGAUGUGGCAUCAAUCACUACUCAACACAUAGUAAUCUGAAGGCGUCAAUCUGUGAAAGGCCAAAGUUUAAAGUUGGUGACAGAGUUCGAGUCAGCAAGCACAAACACGUCUUCGAGAAAGGAUAUACACCAAAUUGGACGACUGAGGUGUUCACUGUUGAUCGGACUAUGUUGACAAGCCCCGUGACAUACAAGCUCAAGGACUAUCAAGAUCAACCAAUCGCUGGCGGAUUAUAUGAACAAGAACUUCUCAAAGUUAAACAUCCAGACAUUUAUCUUGUAGAGAAAGUAAUCAAGAAACUUGACAGCAAAAUAUUUGCAAAGUGGCUGGGCUUUGACAGUUCACACAACAGCUGGAUAGAUCAAUCCGAUAUGUAA